UUCACAUUUUCCACUUUUUCAAAACUUUAAUUGUAUUAUUUUUUAUUUCAGAUUCUUGCUAUGGUGUCAUUGGCUGUGAUUGUUCUCUCAGUAACAACAUUUUGCGUCGAAUCUAUGAGAUUUACCGAAAAUCACAAAAACAUCUUUCGAGCGCUGGAGUAUUUUUACUGCAUAUGGUUUACAACGGAGUUUAUCGCACGAUUGUUCUGUUGUCCAAACAAACUUGAAUACUUCAAGAGCGUGAUGACAUGGGUUGAUCUACUGUCUGUUAUACCAUUGUAUAUAAGCCUAUUAUCACGAGUGGAAGAGAUUGACUUUCUAUUCGUGCUUCGUCUUGUCCGGAUUUUCCGGUUAUUCCGGUUUUUUCGCACCAUGAGUGGAAUGCAAGUGAUUGGACACACGCUACGAGCCAGUGCUCGUGAGCUUUUUCUAUUAAUUUUAAUUCUUUCUAUCCCUAUGGUGAUAUUCUCUACUUUGCUGUAUUAUGCUGAGAGAGCGAGGUUCAAAGACAGGUCAGACUUUCAAAGUAUCCCAGAAACCUUUUGGUGGGCUGUAAUUACUAUGACAACAGUUGGCUAUGGCGACGUUUAUCCUAAGUCUCCUUACGGAAAAAUGAUUGGAACAGUUUGCGCGUGCGUAGGAGUUCUUAUUGUAGCACUUCCGGUCUCUGUCAUUGGAAGCAACUUUACUUUAUUUUAUUCUCACGCGCAGGCGCAGUUGAAACUCCCUAAGAAAAAGAAAAAGCCGCUUUUGCUUGGUGCUGCGGGCGCAUUGGUGUCUGAUACAAGUCUUCCUGAUAUUGAUGACGAUGAGGAUGAUGAAGAUGACGAUGACAAUGAAGGUGAGGCAAGGUUGAGAGGACCACGGUACUCCAUGUCUGAAUUCAAGCACAUGAGGAAUCCGUCGAUACAUCCUCGAUCCAGGACCACUCGACGUCAGGCCCAGGGCACCAUCGAUAUCCCUGCCAUGAAGUCAUUGGCCUCCAAAGCGGAAUCAGAAAACUCUGACGGCGAAAAUCAACCGAGCAACAAAACGCCGUUGUUGUCCCGCAUUGUCACAUCGGACACAUCAAAUAUGUCCAACAUAUCCAAUGGCUUGAAAGGAAUUAGUGACGUUAUGCUGCAGAUUACGGCGCCAGUGUCACGGCGCAUGGCUAUUUCGCCAAUAGACACGCCCCCUGCACGUAGGGCAAGUCGGAGAAGAAAAAGAUGCAAGAAAAUGUCUAAUGGGAACGAGGAAUCGUCUGGUUACGAGAGAGAAAGCUUCUAUACUACAGAUGCUGAGAGUGCUACCGAGAACACCCAGGCACGGAUCGAAGAGCUGAGGGAGCAAAUGCGCGCACAGAAAAACCAAUCAACCUCUUCGAAUUCUUCAAACUAUUAUCCACAUUCAAGUAAAGAAAAUAUUACUUCAGGCGAUGAACACAUCAAAUCGCCGCUAAGCCACGAGCAAUGUAAGAAGUCACCGCCUACUUCUGAAAAAAACGAAGAACUUUCACCGAGUGAAACAAAAGAGGGACCAGAAAGCAACCCUUGUAGAGAAACUGACUUGACUGAAAACUUAGAGCGAGUUACCUCGCCUAUCAAAAGCGAAGGGAAAUCGGAUGAGCGGGCUAGAACGCCUGAAUUGCCGCCUCCUAAUAUAUGGGACCGGCCGCCUGAUAUUGACACUUGGGUUAAACAGCCAACGGCGUGUAGUAGGUUUAAUUAUUCACCACGCAAAUCUCCCAAUCUUUCAAGAGAAAAUUUACGGAAUGACAAUCACCACAAGAAGGAUAACAUAGUAACGUUUGACGAUACGCCAAAGCCGGCUGCAUAUAAUGGAUCAGCCAAUGAUCUUCGUGUUCCGAGCAUAAAUAGUCGGAAGCCAUGUGCAUCUUCGUGUACUCAUACAGGGAUAUUAAAAGAUCGUUCGCAUUCAAAAUCACUGGAUAAACUUAGAAUAAGAAGUCCAGACGAAUGUCAUCGACGGAACGACGAAGUUAUAUUGAUUUCCGGAGAUGCACCGGAAGUAGAACGAACUCAUUCUCGAAGUAAUACGAUCGUAUAACGAACGCCUGCAAAAUGAUUCCUUUCGGAGUGAAUUGAAGAGUUUUGUGAAUGAUUAGGGCGGGGGUACGUGCCCUCCCCUGUCGUAUGUAAUUAUAUCCUCAUAAGGAAUUAUUUUGCUGUAAAUUCGCAUCAUCGCUGGAUGUUAUAUUGAUAUUGUUAUGGUCCAUAUAAUGAGUACAUUGAUUGCCGAAAGUAUUUCUUAAUCUGAAGUGAGUUAAAUCAAUACUCGCUCGUGUGCUCGGAAAGCACUCGGUACUGUAAAGUUGUCAAUAAUUUUCUGUGUUUUACAUUAUGAGGCGCCCGUAAAAUUAAGGUCACGUGCCCAUCCCCGUUUUUACAAAUACACUCCAUUUUAACGCUUGAGGGCUCGGCCAAAAUUCAAAAUGGUGGCAAUAAUUUGAUCAUUUCCCAAGGGUAUCGGUACAAUUUAACAUCAAGUAGACUGAAUAUCAGGAUCUCUCGAAGUCGAGACUAGAGAGAGCCUGGUACUCAGUCUCGUUUUUUAUCGAUUUUCUUUUUUCUCAGUUUCUUUUUUGUUUUUGUUUUGGCUUGUUGAGCACGGGACACUCCUCUCCAAAGGCAUACAAUUUUUACAAAAUACAAAAUAACUCUUAAAUAUGAAUUAUAAAUUUAAACUUAGAAUUAUUAAUUAAGCUUAUAGAAUGGGUUGGUUAUAACCAUAUAUCUUUAACAAAAAGCGUCCUUAGUUAUCAGAUCCUGUUAUUUUUUUAAGAAAUCGUACUGUGUACGGAAUUAAGACCUAGUCAUUCGUUGAUUUCAUUUGUUGAUUUGUACGGAAAUACAGAAAAAUCAAUCUCUUAGCAUGAGCCUUCGUUUUUCUUGGCCAUCCCCGUCGACAAACAUGUAGACCCCUACAUUUUCGGCGCUGGCCAAGAAAACGAAAGCUCAGGGUACGAGAUUGCAGAAAAAUGAGAUUGUGUAGACACACUUUCAUUCCCAGGCUCUUCUCAUUAUGGAAUUCAAAUUAAAAGAUGAAGAGAGUCUGGGUGCUUGGAUCGUAUUGACGUGGCCUAAAACUUAUAGAAACAGGAGAGAGAGGGGGUGGGGGCUACCCCCCUCUUUCCUCUUGGUUUUACCUGAUAGAAAUGCAAAUUAGGGGGGCAGUUAAACUUAAACCCCCUAGUGUAGCGUAUUAUAUACAUACAUCAAAACUUAAUAAAUCCGGAGAAAUGUUCA